GAGAUCUGAAUUAUAUAAAAUGUGACAGCUUUAAUAAACAAGACCAUUCUCCAGUCUUGCUGCACAAUGGCAGGCUACUGUACUACCUUUCUGUGGGGCUUCAUAUGUUUGCAAUAGCAAACUGCAUGCAAGUAAAGUUGUCAGGGAAGAAUGAAAACUGUUAAUGUGUCCCUGAACGAACAGUAUGUUGUGCGUCAUACAGAUCACGAUGAUUUUGCAGCUGUUGCUAUUAAAAUUACCAAUUCUGUUUUGUUGUAACUAAACCAGCAGUAAUAGCUUCUCACACAGCGCCUCAGAAAUAUAGGUUACAAUCACAUUCCAAACCUUGAGGCUUUCUCCUUUGAUUUUCGGUACACUGACAUGGAUGAAUACUUGCAUACAACUUAUUCCAUGUAGUCAUGUAAAGUAAGUGUGCAGAUAUGAGCUAAGAAAACUGUUUCAAGUUCCAAAACAAGAAAACUGUCCGCCUUACAUACAUAUUCUACUUCAUUUAUGAUUGUUCAAGAACUUCCAUGUCACAACUGUGAAGGAAUUCCAGUCAUCUGUUUCUAAGAACUAAGUGCUGUCAUUGGCAGCUCGCUUAUGAACUCUAAAUCUAAUAAUCAUAUAUUUUAGUUCUGUCUGAAGCAAGGAUGUUUUUGUGUAGAAAUGGUUUGCCUACAACUAGACUUUAAUUUCACUGAAUCCAUGGAUCACUGAUAUUAUUAAAAACAUGCAAUUCAGUUAGUGUUAGUUACCACAUUCAUUUAUUUGCUCUUUUGAAAGCUUUUGGUGCGUGGUACAGAAUGUUUCAUUGAAGGCAAAUCUUGAGAAACGUGCAUAAACACAGUGGCGAUUGCUCCAGUAUGGCUAGUAGUGUGCCGCCAGACCACUAAAACACGAGGAAUAUAAAAAUUUUGUUGUUAGGGGGGGAGGUAACAUUUAAUUUCCACACUACCUAACAUAACCAGGAUUUACCACUGUUAGGUGUCCUCGUAUGUUUCGAACUGUGAAUGACGAUUUAUACAAAUGUAUUGAGAGUUACCAGUGCAAGAAGACUGAAUUCCUAAAUUAGAAUAAUAUUUUUUAAGAGAAAAAAUUAACAUCCAUACAAGCUGCAGAGGCCCCCAUGAAAGAAGGGCGUUGUAAACAAACCGGAGAUUACGACUCAGACUUCACUCUUGUCACAAGCCGUGAAUGUUUGCAUCAUUUCUUACACUCUUCGUAUCCAAGGAAACCAUUAAAUUGUUAAAUCGUUAUGCUCGGUACUGGGGCAGAAUGGCGUCUGUGGUGGGUGAUGCAUCAGAGGAUUCAUUUUAUGACAACUUGACGCUUGGACUUGUUCGUUUGUUAGAAAGCACGCCAGGGAUACGGGAAGUUGAACUGGAGAAACGUCUGCCGUGUGAGAGAAUGCUUCUAACAGCGUGGGAACAACGUCACUGCUGUACUCUGCCGGAAGACAUGCGCCAUUUCUAUUUGUCAACCGAUGGCUUCAAACUUAUUUGGAAUUAUGAAUAUGCAGGUGAAGUGCUACCUGUAGGCCAUAUGAAGAUCAACUCAGUGUCUGAGUUGCGUCGCCUGGCUGGAGUAAAGAAUACAGGGGAUGCUGAUUAUCCCACUUUGUUGGAUAUAGAAGUAUGUAGCCAGCAAGAUGUCUCUAACCCAGCCAGACAGAGGCCCAGUUUUGGUGUGAAAUGCAAGAUUUUUGAAAUUGACUCUUGCCAGGGAAUUGGAAAGGUAUGUCUUGUGUAUGCAGAUAAAAGUGACUGUGAAUCUGACCUGAAGAGAGAGGAUCCCAAGAUAUGGCUUUUGGAUAGAAGUUUUCAGUGGCACUUCCUGGCGGAGGGCUUCACUCAGUACUUUCGCAUGUUGCUGAUCCACCAGGGACUUCCACAAUGGCAAUUUAAAUUCACACCCAUGGGACUCACACCAUGGGCUGAGCAAAUGUUCGUGCUUAUUGCACCUCACCUACUGCAGAGUAGCCUUAUGACACAAAGCAUGGACUGGAGUGACAUGCCAUGUAACCACCUUGAUCCUGCCAUCUUCAAAACAAGAGGAAAGAGCUCCAAAAAGAAAGUGGAUACAGCAAAGAGCAGACCAUCUUGAACAUGAAAAAAAUUAACAAGGCCAUAGUGGCACUGGCCUAACAAAGGAAAAAGACUGCACUGACACAUGUUUUCUCAUCAUAGAAGGGUUGUACACACUGUUCAGUUUCACAGUGUGUGAAGAUGGAUUAUGUGUGUAUCAAUCAGUGCUUUAAGGAUUACCAUACAAAACUGAAUGUAUAAAUACUUCACAGCCUGAUAGAUGUUUCCCACUGGUGUACAAAUUCAUAAAAUCUUUAUACCUGUCACAUGAAUAAUAACAAGAUAUUUUAAUUCCAUAAAUAUGUAACACUUUCUUGAAUAGUCAUAUGGCUUUCAGAAACAAAACAAAACAAAAAAUUCUUAGGCUGAUCUUUGGGUGUGUGGUGGUGGUGGUGUUCUUGUUUUUUCUUCCCCCCCCCCCCCCCGCCCCCAUGAAAAGUGUUCUUAUUUCACAGUUCUAGAGUCUGGUUUAAAAGAUACAUUCAAUUUUUCAUAAGGAUUGUAGGAACAGUCUGUUGGGCAUUGUCCAUUGUCUGAGGUAUAUUUGAAAAACAUGUCAUUUCAUCUUCAGGUGAUGGUCAUGGUACUGAAACUUUUUUAUUUUAUUAGUGACAAUGAUUGGAAUUGUAUCCAAGACCUUUAGAAUGUUUGGUUAGUAUGCUAACCAUAAGUUCACAGGAGCAGCAUUCUUUUAUUUAAAUGGCUAGAAUUAAAUCCAGUCAGUGGUUUUUAAAUAGUGUACUGUAAAGGUUAAAUGUCCCUCCUCAGUUGCAGUAUAAUGUAGCUUGGGGACCUAGCAUGCCUAACUCAGGCUCUGAAUUAUCAUUCUUUCACAGCUCUGUUAGUAGGGCUGUCACCUUAAAGACUUCAGUCAUAUCUUGGACACACUUCAUGUGGCCCCUCGGUUUUGAUUUGUCCAACAAUAUUAGUCCUACUAACAACCAGGGUUUGAUCCUGAGCAGGAGCAAUGGAUAUUUUAACUAGCCUCAUCAUCCAGACUGGCUCUGGGGCCCACCCAUCCUCGUAUUUCAUGAGUGCUGGGGUCUUUUCUCCAGGGGUAAAGGUACGGCUGAGGCGUGAUACUGACCACUCACUCCCAGUUUAGUGUUGGGAUCAAGAAAGGGUACGAGCUAUACCUCCUCUCCUCACAGGUGCCUGUAUGCCAUGUAACAGGACAAACAGCUUUACUUUAUUAGACCCGCUAGCAGCUAUGUAAUGGCUGGCUUAGCACACAGUUUCAUCAAGAUACAUGAACUCAUCUACUAUGUGCCUAAUCCAUAGAGAUAAAAAAGAAUAAGAAGAAAAUUACCUAGUCCAGUGACAUCUAAAGCCUUGCAGUAGGUGCUGUUCAUGUUGUUAGUUUUGUAGUUGGAUUUAGGAAGUCAGUAUGUGACAGAUAUAAACUAAAAUUUUGUUUGUGACAUGUAUGUAUAAUGUGUUUGAUUCAUUUACUUUAUCUGAAGAAUUUAUCAUUGUGAUGAAUAAUCAAAGAGAUAAUUCAAUCCUGAGUUUCAUACUUAAAAGACAUUAAUGUGAGUGCCAUUUAUGGUAUGUUAAUUUUAUAAUUUUGCUUUCAUAUUGAUAACUUAGCAUACAUAACAAAUGUGUAUAUGUUAAUUGUAAAAAUAAAUGUUACAUAUCAUACUCA